CAUUCUCUUCCCUUGUCAUUCUCAGGAUCGUCCUUGGCUCGCUUGGAUGACUUUCUUAUCACCACGCUCUUCUCUACUGAAAAAAGCACGCAUCUCAUCUUCGAUUCAGCGGCGUGAAUCUCCUUUCUAAUGCAGAUUGAUACCAUAUACCAUAUAGUUGUGUCUGUGUCUGCGUCCUUAGCAACACCUUAUGAUUUCGUUUGGCCUUUAUUUCCAAUGCUUGGCCUCUCAUUGGGUUCAUCGGUUCCAUCUCUUUCUUCAAUGUAUCUACUUCAUUCUCUUAUUCAGUGUUACAUAAAGGACAACAUUUGUUUGUCGAGUUGACGGCAAUCAUGCACGUCUUCCAAAUUUUAGAUCACUC